CCGCAAUCCAUGUAACAAGAACAAGAUGGCGAAGCCAAACGCAGAUGAGAACAGCUGUGACGAGUAUCCUUUCGCAUCUGUCACAGAAGGUGGUACUGGAGCAAUCCUUCGAUGCACUGAAGGAGUCGAGAACACGGCAGAAGGGAACGCUCUGAACGGAUUCCUGAACAGUAGAUGCAAAUAUCGGCCUUGCUCUUUCAUGAUCACAUUCGGAAACCCCAACUCGGGUCAGACUCCGUUUUGUCAAGAUGGAGGUGGUGCAAAUGAUGAAUUUGAAUACACAUUCGUUGGCGGACAAUUCCAGCUCGCAUGCAGAGACAUCAACUCUACUCAGGACGACAAAUGGGUUCUUCACAAAUCUGAUGCAGCUGACUUCUUUCCCCCUCACCUCCGCCGCGAAUUCCUUCUAGAGGACGGUAGCCGUACCGUCCUCCCAACGCGUGAUCUUACUAUCUCCUAUGAUGGCGUAAUUUUCCACACGUUCCGCAACAAUACAGUGUAUGAGCUACGUGCCGUUAGAGAAUUGCAUGGGCAGGAGAAAAGUCCUGGAUUGCAGGAUCCGUCGUUGCAGAUUCCUAACAGCGGAGUAUAA